AUGGGAAGUGAGUUUGAAAUGAGCAUGACAAGUGAGUUGAAUUUCUUCUUGGGUCUUCAAGUGAAGCAGUCCACAAAGGGUACAUUCAUCAACAAGCAGAAGUACAUCAAGGAGCUCCUAAAGAGGUUUGAUAUGGAAGCAUCAAAAGUGAUUGACACUCCCAUUGCCACUGCUACUCGACUGGACAUGGAUGAAUUAGGCUCUCCUGUAAAUCAAAUCAUGUAUAGAGGCAUUAUUGGGUCUCUUCUCUAUCUUACUACUAGCAGACCUGAUAUUGUCUUUAGUGUGGGGCUAUGUGCAAGGUUUCAAUUAAAUCCCAAGAAAUCUCAUCUAAAGGUUGCCAAGAGAAUUUUGAGAUAUCUUAAGGGGACACAGGACCUAGUCUUGUACUACCCUUCAGGUGAUGAUUUUAAUCUUACUGGGUAUGCUGAUGCUAACUAUGUAGGUUAUCUUGUGGAUAAGAAAAGUACUUCUAGAAUGGAUCACUUUGUAGGAUCAUGUCUCAUCUCAUGGGGCAUAAGAAAACAAAACUCAGUGGCUUUUUCAACAGUUGAAGCAGAAAAUGUUGCUGCAGCCUGCUGCUGUGCUCAACUCCUAUAG